UGUGAGUCUGGUCCAGUCAAUAUUUCAUCUUCGUACGGUCGCUAGGCCACAAAUAACAACCCUUGAAGAGAAGCAAGUGUUCCGUUUCUAAUGUUUCUCUGCUAUCUCAGCACGCGUUGGUUGUUGUCGUCACAGGCUGCUCUCAUUGGUUGCUGGGCUUCCGGUUUGUUCUCUGAUUGGCGGAGAUCACCGCUGCACUCGCUGCCCACGUGCACUGCAUGCGAUGGCUGUGUUGUUGUUUUUUUCUUUCUCGUGCGCCUUUCGCUGGGCAGUGAGCUUUACGGUAAAUGGAUAACUAUAUUCACUACUGUAAUAUAAAUGGAUGCAAGUUGCGUUUGUGUCUUUUAUUGUUAUGACCAUGUAGUUUACAUGCACGUGUGUUCAUUUUAGGGCGUGUUUGUCAGAUGAAGUGACGUAUAGGUCAAAAAUAUGUAAGUAGUAUUGAAACGAAGGAGUCUGUGCGUUUAAACUGAGCCAAAGGCUCGUGCUUGUUUUCCUGCCUUCUAUUCUUGUUGCGCGCUCGUGAAGCCAUUACGGUAAAGCCAAUCUGCUGUUCCUCAGAUGAUAUGAGACGUCCUCCCCCCAGCCUGCUCAGACCCUCUCUCGCUGCUGCUGGAGCAGCCAGACCCGCUCCGUCUAGUCUCUCUUGCCCCCCCAGUCAGGAACCGUACAGUAAAAAAGGAUGUUGGACAAUGAGGACUUUUUGCUGGAGCCUUUCUCGCGGGAGCUGACUCAGAACCCGCUGAGGAAGAUCUGGUUGCCGGGCAAAAGUGGCCACAUCGCGCAGAGACGCGUGUGUAUGACCAACUGCCCCACCCUCAUUGUGACGGUGGGGCUUCCUGCCCGAGGGAAGACCUACAUCUCCAAGAAGCUGACCCGCUACCUAAACUGGAUCGGAGUGGCCACCAAAGAGUUCAACGUGGGCCAGUACCGCAGGGACUGCGUCAAGAUCUACAAGUCCUUUGAGUUCUUCAGUCCCGAUAACGAAGAAGGCGUAAAGAUCAGACGGCACUGUGCCAUGGCGGCGCUGAACGAUGUUCGCCAGUACCUGAGUGUGGAAGGAGGCCAGGUGGCGGUCUUUGAUGCCACCAACACAACCCGAGAAAGAAGAGGAGCCAUCGUCAAGUUUGCAGAGCAAAAUGGGUUCAAGGUGUUCUUCGUGGAGUCCGUGUGUGAAGACCCGGACGUCAUCGCACAAAACAUCGUGCAAGUGAAGCUGGGCAACCCGGACUACAUCCACUGUGACACGCAGGAGGCCAUCCAGGACUUCAUGAAGAGGAUCCAAUGUUACGAGUCAUCCUACCAGCCUCUGGACGACGUGUUGGACAGGGAAGUCUCCUACAUCAAGAUCAUGGACGUGGGCCGUCGCUACCUGGUGAACCGCGUGCAGGACCACAUCCAGAGCCGAAUCGUGUACUACCUGAUGAACAUCCACAUCACGCCGCGCUCCAUCUACCUGAGCCGCCACGGCGAAAGCGACCUCAACAUCAAAGGACGCAUCGGCGGCGACUCGGGCUUGUCGGCACGAGGCAAAGAGUAUGCCAGAUGUCUGAUGAAGUACAUCCAGGACCAGAACAUAAAGGACCUGAAGGUCUGGACCAGCCAGAUGAAGAGAACCAUCCAGACUGCAGAGUGUCUCGGCGUGCCCUACGAACAGUGGAAAUCCCUCAACGAAAUCCAUGCGGGCGUGUGUGAGGAAAUGAUGUAUGAAGAAAUCCAGGAACAUUACCCCGUGGAGUUUGCCCUCCGAGACCAGGACAAAUACCGCUACCGCUACCCCAAAGGAGAGUCGUACGAAGACCUGGUGCAGAGGCUGGAACCCGUCAUCAUGGAGCUGGAGAGGCAGGAGAACGUGCUCGUCAUUUGUCACCAGGCCGUCAUGCGAUGUCUUCUCGCUUAUUUCCUCGACAAGACUGCAGAUGAGCUGCCUUACCUCAAGUGUCCUUUGCACACCGUGUUGAAACUGACGCCACUGGCUUACGGGUGCAAAGUGGAGUCCAUCUACUUGGGCGUGGACGCCGUGAACACGCACAGAGAGCGACCGCAGAACGUGAACGUGCAGCGGAGCACGGAGGCCGCUCUCAAAACCGUCCCGGCGCAUUUGUGAGCUCCCGCUGCCUCGCACCGUGACCGCCAAAUGGCCGACAUGAAGACGUUUCCAUCUGUUUGGGAAAGCAAACGUACGUUCAUGCUCUGAAGCUGACGGACACUCAAGUAUUGCAUCACCGUGUCUUUUAUUUAGUGCACCCUCACCCGAACUAUCGCUAAAUGUGUUGACAUUUUGCAGUAGCUUGGGAAUGCCCAUGGAUAUAUUUUCCAUGUGGAUCAAUGGUGUGGUCGUGAGCUGUCAUGGAGUGGCGGCACGUACGGUACGGAGUCAUCAGGGCUCGCUGCCGUGCUUCCUACUUGCUUCUACUUCAGCUUAAAAACCAAAACAUGCUCAUCAUUUGGGAUGAUUCUUUGAAGGAGUAAGACGGUGUCCAAGUGGCCCUCGGCAUGUUCUGAAAAUGAGAGCGUGUGUUAGAUACAUUUCAGCGUUUCUUCCAAAGGAUGAACACACAUUGACCUACAAUGGUAUCAUCAAUGGACCAACAUGGCUCCUCCCCGAGGAAGCAAACUUGGAUACUAACGUGUGUUUCAAGGAAAAGUGCUUGGAAUGUUGUUGGAAUGUUGCCAUCAUGCACAAUCCUGAUGUGAGACAUCACAGGUAACGAGCUUUGUGCUGGUUGCCAUGUGAAACCAAUGCAGCCAGGAAGGAAGUUGGGUAGAUAGAAAUCCUCCUUGGAGCUUUAUGGAGGUGUUUGGAGAGCAGGAAUAGGCGUGUCCCAUGACAUGCAUCCAUUGGCUGCCUCUUUUUUACCUGUUUUUAUAUCUUUAGAACACACAGAAAAGACAAGAUUAGGGUGUGAUGGGUAACCCCCCCCCCCAAAGUGCAGUUUUCCUUUGCAUAUUCUGCAAUGUAUAGAAGAAGUCUCACCUGCUUUGUCCACGUGUACAAAUGUCAAUAAAGCUUAUUCACAA